AUGAACGUAGAGGAAAGACCUGGUACAUCAUUUACAUCAAAGAGACAGGUUCAAACUGAAUAAAGAAAGCGAUAACAAAUGAAUUUGGGUACUUUGGAGACUGAGGAUAAAAGUGUAAGUGUAGUGGUACUUAUUGUAGACAGGAAUGAAAAUUAGACCGAUUACUCAAGAUCAAUAGAGAAACAGUUUGCAAUAGAAGAGAUAGAAGAUGAUUCCUUAGGCAAUUUUAUAUGACAGGGAAUCUUUGUAUGAAGAAGUUAUAAAUGCAAAAUAAAUCAAUAACAAUCUGUAAAGAGAGAACUAAGCUUUACAUACAAAAAUAAAAAUGAUGGAUGUAAAAUUGAUUAAGACUUAUAGGAAGAAUUACAAAGAAUGGUUAGAGCUACUCCAAUAAGUGAGCAAGUUAUUAACCCAAUGGAAUCAUUUUAUUAAGAUAGUAAACCUAUGAAAUAGCAUUUAAUAAUGGAUUUAAAGAAAUAAUUAAGAAGAUUACAAGAAGAAUCAAUAAAAAAGGAUUAAUAAAUACAAUUUCUAUAGAAAAAUACUAAAGCAAUGAAAAUUAAAGAAUUAGAAAUUGAAUUGUUGUCUUAUCAAUAAGAAGCACAAAGAUUGAAAGCUUUGAUGGGAAUGAAAUUUAAUGAUUCUGAUAAUGAUCUACUUAGAUUAAGAGCUGAUUAUAAAUUAUUAGAAGAUGAAUUAAAAUAAUUGAAAAUCAAAUGCAAAGAAUAUGAAUCAAAAGCUACCAUGUAUUAUAAUGAAAAACUUAAAAAGGAUAAAUUGAAUCAAUAUUUGAAAAAUUAAAUAGAAAGUUUAAAAUUUAAAGAUCCAGAAUAUAAGAAAUAAAAUAAAAUUACUGAAAAUGAAUAGUAAUUAAAAUAGGAUAUUGAGUACUAAAUCAUAACUAUAUUGCUAGUUAAAAGUAAGUUUAAAUCGACACAUUGAUAAGUAGUUUGAAGGCAAAAGAUGCACAAUAUGCAGAAUUGGAUAAGAGAAUGAAAGAAUUAGAGAGAGAACAAUAAUAAAUAAUAGAUUAAUUAGAGAGAGAUAGAUAAUAAUUACGUGAAUAAUGUAAUUCACUUAAAGAAGAAGUUUCAUAAUAAUCAGGAAGAAGGUAUAUAUGUAUUUAAUAAUAUAAUAGAAGAACUGUUUAAAAUAAUAGUUUCUUAGAAAAUAAACUUGAAAUUCUUCCUGAAGGACCAGAAAUUAUAGAUCAAAAAAAAAAAUUAUUGCCUUGUGUUACUAAGGAUGAUGUGAAUUUGAUAUGUAAAUAAAUCAAAUUCAAAUUAAAAGCUAUGAAAGUUCCUUUUGAAAAAAUAGAUAAUGUAAUUAUGAUGAUAUGAAUUCAUUAGUUUAUUCAUGGGGAUGUUCAUUCUGUUAUUAGAAUUGAAGAAUUAAAUGAAAUGUUAUAGGCUGAGCCAUUUUUGUUAAAUGAAGUGGAAAGUCUUAAGGUUGCUAGAUACUUAAUUGAGGAUAAUGAUGAAAGAUUUGUUGAGUUUAGUUUAUUAGCUGAAGGUCUUAUAGCAAGAGCCAAGAGUAUUCUAAAAAAUUUAAUUGGUAAAUACAAUCUUUUAGAAGUAAUUUGAUAUGUUAAAUUAUAGAAAAAUGAAGAGGAUUAAUUAUUUUUUGAGAUUGCAAUUGUAUUAUCAAAAUAUAGAAAUUCUUUAGAAGAUUUCAUUUUGAGAUCAAAAAAGAAAUAAGAAUUAUGUUCAAUUGAAGAUCUUGAAGAGGCUCUUAAAUUUGUUGAAUAAACAUUUAAUUCUACUUAAUAUGAAUUUUUGUUAUUGAAGAAUUAUGAACUUACUCAAGAAUUAAUUCAUAUCAAUUACAAAAAGUUAUUUGAAUUAUUUUAUGUUGGUAAAUCAUUUAGAAAUAUUAUGUAUUAGAUUCAUAAAUAUAAUAAAAAACUAAAAGUGAAAGUGAUUUACCAAAAGAAUAAGUAAAAAAAUAAUCAAAUAAUGAAAUAUAAAAUAAUAAAGAUAUCUAAUAAUAAUAAAAAUAAGAAGAACUUCUUUAAUAAUAAUUGAAAAAAUAAAAAGAAGAAGAUGAAUAAAGAAAAUAAUUAUAAUUGUAAUAAGAGUAGGAAAGGUAAAGAUAAUUAGAAUUAGAAAAGGAGGAGGAAGAAUAAAGAAGAUUAGAAUAAUAAUGGAAGGAAGAAGAAGAAGAGAGAAAGAGGUAAGAAGAAGAAGAAAGAAUUAAAUAAGAGAAUGAGGCAAAAAGGUAAAAAUUAUUAGAAGAAAUGAAAAAGUAAGAAGAAUAAGAGAAUCUCAAAAAGUAAUAAGAGUAAUAAAGACAGUUAGAAUUAUUAAAGUAAUAAAAGGAAGAAGAGGAAAGGUAAAGAAAAUUGAAGGAAGAAGAAGAAGAAAGAAGAUUAUAAGAAGAACUAUUAGAGAAAUAGAGAUUGGAAGAAGAAUAAAAUAGAUUAGAAUAGGAAUAUGAAUAAUAAGCUGAGUAUGAAAAAGAGUAGAAUGAAUAGGAGGAGAAUUUUGAAGAAUAUAAUGAUCAAUAAUUUGAUUAAUAACAAUCUGAAAAAUAAAUUAGUGAACCAUAAAAUAAGAGUUAAAAAGAUUAUGAGGAUGAGGAUUUUGAAUAAUGA